UGUAACAGGUACAUCAUUUGCUCGUAUGGAACGGCGUUCAGUUUUAAGUGUCAGAAAGGUCUGGUGUACGAGCCGCGGUCAAAAAGUUGUGUAUUCCCCUGGCAAUAUGACUGCAUCCCCAAGACAACUAGACGCCAGAAAAAGACCACUGCUGCUUCGAGGACAAAGUCAACCACGGAACAAGCCGAGACAACAACGCCUUCUCCCCUCGUAUGCAGAGAUAACGAAACUUUAUGUGCCAUGGCCGGAGGGCUUUGCCGAGAUGUCCAGGAGGGCUGUGAACAUGAUAGCGGCCUUGGUUUGUUUAUUCGCUGGGGCUGUGAGGGUCAUGCUACCUGUAUACCGCUGGUGCGUACUGGGGCAUAAGGGAGAGUGUCGGUACGUUGAGUAUGGUUGUGAAGGAGGCCAUUUUUUAACCGGGAAUGAAUGUGCUGGUGGUGAUAAGCGACUGUGCUGUGUCCGAGACACAUUGACCGAUACUGUCCAUAAAACCACACCAAGCAAAUUGUCGACAGUGAAGACACCGACGACGGAGACUGAUGAUGCAGUGACAUCGUCGACGGAGACUGACCUGGACGAUACCAUGACAUCGACUGAGACCGAGACUUAG